GAAGCAUGAAAGGAGAGGCCAAACCUCCGACAUCAGUCAGUCUGAGCAGCUCCUGACAACUGGGAGAGCAGCAGCCCUGAAGCCCGUCUGACAGGCGCCAGCGAGUGGAAGCGCUCCUUUCUCUGUCAUCGCUCCAUCUUUGAGCUGAAAGCAGGAAGCCGAGAUGACGGAGCAGGACCUCGUCAACAUCCUGGAUGACAUAACGGAUGAGGAAUUCAAGACCUUCAAGUGGAACCUGAAGAACGAGCGGUUUAGAGACAUCGAGCCCAUCAAAGUGAACCAGCUGUCGAAGGCGGAGAGGUGCGACGCCGUGGAUCUGAUGGUGCAGAAGUAUGACAUGGACGGAGCCGUGCAGGUGAUGGAGAGCGUCUUUAAGAAGAUCAACAGGAACGACCUGGCGAAGGAGCUGCGAAAGCUCAUGGGUCAACCUGCAGGUCUUCCAGGUCCCGAGCCGACAAAAACCGCCGCUGACUCCUCAGCAGAGGAGAAGCUGACGGCCGUUCGCUCUCAGUUUAUCGACAGAGUGUCCGAACCCGUCCUGAGGAAGCUGCUGGAUAAACUCCUGGAGCGCCGCGUCAUCAUCGAUGAUGAAAUGGAUUUAGGUGGAGUGAGGAGCAGGGCGGAUAAAGCCCGACAGGUGAUCGACGUGGUGCGGAGAAAAGGAUCCCAGGCCAGCUCGGCUCUGAUCGCCGCUCUCUGCGAGGUGGAUCCGUGCCUUUCACGGGAGCUGCAGCUGAUGUGACGCACUGCCAGAUGUUCAGCACUCACAGGAGAGCAAAUUAGGAAUCAUCUGUAACACCCACAAGCAGCUGAUACAGUUCAAUAUCCAAUCCUCCAAUCCACUUACAGAAGCACGAGCACAAAGGUUGGCUCGUCUAUUUGGUUUGGUUUUCACAUCACAGGUUUUCACAGAGACGAUUUUCUCCGCGUCUUUAUACAAACAAAGACGUUCAAACAGCAGAACAUGUCAGAGUUUCAGCAGGUUUCAGGACUAAAGUGUUCCAGAAACGAGGCUUUGAGUCAAACCUGAACAGUCGGCUCUGUGAAAACCUUCAGGUUGGAUGGAAACCAAGAUCUCUGACUUCCAGUCUGAGAACAAAACAAUCAGGAAAAUGACUUUAUUUUUAGAAUUUUCAUUGGACACUGAUGUUAAUAGGAAGUUUAUUAGAUUUUAUGGAAACAUUUUAGAGCUGAUUAGAAUAAAAGAAACCAACAGAUUAAUGAGGAUUUUGGCUGUUUUCAUGUUGUCAAACGUGUCAGAGAGCAGAGGGUCAGACUGUUUCAUGUUUCUUUCUAUAACUCUGAUCAACGUGAAAAUAAAAGAUGAGUUUCCUGUCA